CACAGCUUCUGCGCGAUAACGUUAAUAUCUGCCUAGCAAAAUCGUGUCAUGGGGUUUGUUUUUUUGUUUUAGAGUGGAUGUUGGAUCGUUGAAUCAGAAACACCUUGUACACUGAGGCAGCACUGUAUGAGUGGAUCACUCCGAGCACAGCGUCUGUGUUGUAGAGUCAAAAUGGCGUCUGCUUGCCCACUCAACGGUCGUUUAAUCCAUCUGUGAUUAGCACUGGCAGCUACAUUCAACAAGCAGUCACCAGCUGCUACUGUUUCGGGUUAUCCCCCCCACAAACACACAGAUAGCUACUUGUCCGGGCACAUUUCAGCAUCAUGUCGGACUCGGAGGAGGACAGCCAAGACCGACAGCUGAAGAUUGUAGUGAUUGGAGACGGUGCUUGCGGGAAGACAUCACUCGCCACCAGGUUUGCACAGGAGGCCUUUGGGAAGCAGUACAAACAAACCAUCGGCCUGGAUUUCUUUCUGAAGAGAAUAAGCCUUCCAGGCAAUUUGAACGUGACCCUGCAGGUGUGGGAUAUUGGAGGACAAACGUUAGGAGGGAAAAUGCUGGAUAAAUAUGUGUACGGAGCUCAUGGCGUCCUCCUGGUGUACGACAUCACCAACUACCAGAGCUUUGAGAACCUGGAGGAUUGGUUCAGUAUGGUGAAGAAGGCCAACGAGGAGUGUGAUAUUCAGCCUGUUAUCUCCCUGAUAGGGAACAAAGUCGACCUGGAGCACAUGAGGACAGUGAAGGCUGACAAACAUCAGCGCUUCUGCCAAGAGAACAGCCUCGUCAGUCAGUUUGUAUCGGCCAAAACGGGGGACUCCGUGUACCUUUGUUUUCAGAGAGUUGCUGCUGAGAUUCUUGGUGUAAAGCUCAACAAAGCAGAGAUAGAGCAGUCCCAGCGCGUGGUGAAGGCGGACAUUGUAAACUACAGUCAGGACACCGUGGCCAGGACAGUCAACCCCCCUCGAAGCUCCAUGUGUGUGGUGCAGUGACCCCAAUCUCACACCCACACACACACACACACACACACACACACACACACACACACACACACACACAAAGAGAAAGAUGUACAGUUGUCUUCAGUCAGUAUUCCUUUAUAUAUAUUUCUUUUCUUUGGGUAACUGGAUGAAACGUGUUCAGAUGGUGUUCUCUGUAUUCCUGUGUGUCAGCGAGGGCGAGAUGAAGAACAGACUGUGUGGUUUCAAGGCCUUGGCCUGUAGUUGAGAUAUUGAGCAGGGAUGAUUUCCUGGGUGGUUUACCAAAAAGGAAAAAGGAACCUCAAUUCUUUUCAAGUUUUCACGCAGCUAUUCUUUUUAUUUCUAUGAUUCAUCUUAUAUAUAAUAGACUCUUUCAGUGUUUACUUGAUUUCUGAAGCUGGUUGUUAAAAAGAAAAAUGACAACUAAUCAGGCGAUUGAAAAUAUUUUUAUAUUUAAAUAUAUUUUCCUCUGCCAUUACUGUUAGAUAUUCUCUUCAAUGAUCGUAUAUGCUCUAGUUUAUUCAUAAAGAUAACAGCAUCAACACCUUCAAAGUCUGUCUCUAUAGCUACAGCAGCAGAGUGCAUUCUGGGUAAGUGUUAAAGGGAAACAAACAGAGAGCUGAAACCAAAAGCUGCAUUUUAACAUGCUUCGGGAUGUUCGUUUAUGUCUGUGGUGCUCCUCAGUUGAACAGAGAGGAAAUAGGUGUUUAAUUUAGUGGACCAAAAGGAAUUUGUUUUCUAUUUGCCAACUAGCGGCUUGCUUGCAGUAGCAGUGCUGUGAUACUGUGUACCUUUUAUUUCACACUAGAAAUAUUUCAAUUUUACAAUCUUAAAGUCUAGAUUUACAUUUUUUAUUCUGUAUUCUUCAGUUUAUAUCCAAGUUACCUGCAGAAAGUAUCUCUCCUUCUAUUAAAGAUUUACAUUUCUACACUGUGUGACAGUGCUGGGGUCCUCCUCCUGAUAGGGGACGAUACAGAUGCUGUGUUAAGUGUUGAUAAAGCUCGAUGAAUAUGACACAGGAAGAGCUGAUUUCAAGCUGAGCACGAGCUGAGCUGAAAUGUACCAUGGUUUAGUAGAAGUCUUCACAUAGCCUUAUUCAACUGUCCGUUAUAGAACAGAGGUUUCCAUUGAAGGACGACUACGACGCAUUAAAUGCUUCGUAGGAUCUUCAUUUUGACCACAUGUUAAUAGUCUGUUUUACAGUUUGUGUGUUGUUAGAGAAGACUGACACGUUGUAAGUUUAGCCAGUUCUGUCUUAAUGGGUUUUACAUGAUAAUACAUGUUGGCAUGAUGGGAUUCAUUAUGGUAUCCACCUAUCAAAACAUCCACCAUGUGUGUACAAUAAAAGCAACCUGUGCUCCAUUUCAAAACUCACUGAAACUGAUUAGAAAUCCUCUGAAUGCAUCCAAUAAAUUCUGAUCAUGUAAAUAAAAUAUUUGAAUUAUAAGAAUGUACAGUUUAAAGUGAAUGUUUAGUUGACGUCAUAUAGAGGUAUGUAUUUGUGUUUCUGAAU